UAAACGUCCGCGUUUCAAAUCGAGGCUUAGGUUGUACCGUUAGUAAACAAACAAAAUAUCUCAUUACUUAAGCUUAUCUUAUGUUUCUUUUAAUCUUGAGCUUUAUUUGUUAUUUUAAAACAACAAAAAGAUAAUGUUAUUAUCAUCAAACACAAAUGAAGUUUCUUCACAGGAAAUAGAUCCAGCAUUAAUUGUUUUGAAAGAAGAUGAUAUAGACGAUCCAACUGUCAAAGUCGAUUUAGAAAAAUUACAAAAGUAUACAAAUAAUCAUUUAAAAAGGUGGCUUCUUUACCGUGGUGAUUCUCUUAAAGGUGUAGUAACGUUGCGAGACUCUCAAGUUAAAGUUUUACAAUAUUUUCAUAACGGAACGGAUUCAAUUAUUUGUGAUCCAACUCUUGAUAAAAAAUGGUUAUCAAAAAAGGCAUGUUUGAUGGGUAAACAUCUAAAAAUACAAAAUAUAAAAACAUUUCCUAUAUUGCCUGAAAAUUUAAAAUCUGAGCUUUUAAAUUUGAAUUCCAAAAAUGGAUGGAGCAAGUGUCUAGAGGGACUUCCUGCGUUUUCAGCUGAGAAAAUUGAUGCAUAUGCUUUAAAUGUAAAUAGUAAUUAUUUUCCUAAAUCUACAAAAGUUAAAAAACAUUUGUCUAAAGGAGAAAUGUUUCUUGAAGAACAAUACAUUGAUCUAUCUUCUAUUUACUCAAAACAAAGUAUGGAACUAUUUUGUGUAAAAGGAGUAUGUGCAGCUAGCAUGAAAAAAGUUGACAGAUGGAUUUUUAUUGCUAUUAAAAAAUUAGAUGGAUCAGUUACAUAUGCAUUUUGUGAAUGCCCAGCAGGAAAAACUGGAACUUGUUCACAUGCAUUUGCAAUGAUGAAACUUGUUGCAAAAUGGGUAGUUGAAAAACUGAAAACUGUUCCAAAUAUUCAAGCAUGUACAUCAAGAACUUGUGCUUGGUCAAUACCACAAAGUCGUAAAAGAUUUGAUAAAACGCCAAUAAGUGACUUAAAAAUUAUAUCACCACAAAUAAAAAAAAAACCUUUGUCGAAAAGAAAAGUAUCUUCAUUUGCCACAAUCAAAUCAUCAUUGUACGAUACUAGAACUGAUUUAAACAGAAAAAGUGAUAAUGAAAAUAAAAUAAAUGAGCUUUAUAAUAAUCUUUUAAACAGUGAUGUUAAAGUGCAUAUGUUGAAUGUUUUAAAUAAAUCAAAUGAAGGAACAGUCAAAACAAGCCUAGGAAGCGUCCUAUUUGGGUCUGUAUUAAGCUAUCAAUGUGCUUUAGUUCCACCAAGUUACAAUGUUUACUACAACUUACCUGAACCUUCAAAAAAUUUAGACUGCGUUCAAUACAUUGAGUACCCUACAUUCCCUUUUAAUGAAACUGAUGAUUCAAUAACUUGUUACAUUGAAAAAAUAGUUUGUAAUAAAAAAAUAAAUAUUUUAGAAAAUAUGAAGUUAGUGAAGGAAAUAGUUGUUCAAAUCGAAAAAGAAACACGGGAACAGGAUGGAAAUUCAAAAUGGUUUGAUUACAGAAGGAAUCGAUUCACUGCAUCUUUAUGUAAUAAGUUAGAGAACAAAUCUCCAAAAGGAUUCAAAAGUUUGGCUCACAAAAUUGUCUAUCAUGAAAACAAAAUUAAUCUAAACAAUAUUAUUUCAUAUAAACUUUCUUAUGGUAAAUAUUAUGAACCUAUAGCAUUAAAAUAUUAUGAAAACUUUAUGAAAUCCAAUGGCUAUAAACUAGAUGUAGAACCAUGUGGUUUAGUAAUUGAUGAAAAAAAUUUUAUUUUGGGUGCAUCACCUGAUAGGAAAGUUAGGUGUGAUAAUGAUUGUGGAAUAAUAGAAAUUAAGUGCAGUGAAGAAUAUAGUAACCUGGACCCAAAAGAUAUAUGUUUUGUAGCAAAAAAUCCAUCUAUAAUAUUUGAUAAAUCUAGUAAUAAAAUUUUAAUAAACAAAAACCAUAGUUAUUAUGAUCAAAUCCAAAUGCAACUUGGAUUAACAACACAAACAUGGUGUGAUUUUUUAUUUUACACUUCAAAAGGAUUAGUUAUUGAUCGUAUUACGUAUGACAAAGUAUAUUGGGAGACUCUAAGGAAGAGAGUAUUAGACUUUUACUUCAACUAUAUGUUGGAUGAAAUAAUUGAAAAAAUAAAUAACAAUGCUUUAAUUUAAAGACAAAUAUUUUAUUGAAAUUUGCAGAUUCUAUUGUACAGUAUAUACAUUUAUAAAUUUACACAAACACUUACAAUAGAGUGUUUUGGUGAGCAAAAAGUGAGCUAACGUUA